AGGGACGGAGGGGAGGAGGAGGCAACUGGGCGAAGGGAGUGGGACGGACAGAGGAGAGAGACGAGAGAGUUGUACGAAGGUGAUGGCAGCGAGCAGAGUAGGGGUCAGAGGGGGAGACGUUAAAGCCAUCGGUUCCUUCUUCUGCACGACUCUGGGUUGCGCACGGCCGACGUCGGAGAGGGAUUCUCCGGGUGCUUGCUCCGGUGUUAGGGUUUCUUCCUCUUCUUCUUUGUCCAGUUUUUCUUCUUCUCCUGUGCGAGGAUUGUAGGGUUGCUGGCUGAGCGAGGGUUUUUCUUUUCUUCUUCCCGGCUGAGCAAGGGAUUUUUGUUUUGUUUUCUUUUCUGGAGGAGUGAUAGGGUUUCUGGUGAAGGAGCAAGGCUUUGUUCCUUCGUUUCUUGCCUCCUGUGGCUUGCGAUUGGACGGAAUUCUAGGUGUUGUGGUGACGGAAGCCAGGUUUCUUGUUGUUUCUUCUGUUGUUUGAUUCUUGAGACCGGCUUGUGUGGUGGUUUCUGCCGAGGGAGCAAGAGAGUUGUCGGUUGGUGUUACGGUUCUUGUUGCUUUUUUUUUUUGGCCUUCCUCCAACGGGAUUGUAGUAGUUUCUGGAGGCGAAGCUAGAGUCGUUCUCUGCUUGUUCCGAGGCGCGGUUGUAGGGCGUUUAGGGAGAGAGAGAAGAGAGGUAGAUUUUGUAGAGUCCUUUUUUGGAGAUCGCUGGUGGAUGAGCGGGUUCUGAUAGGGAUUAGUUGACUAGAAAUGGCGGCGUCUGAGGUUACGUUCCGGGGGAGCGGGAGCAACGUGAGAGCCGAGGGCUUGUCCUCUGCAUGUGUUGAGCCGAGCAAUGGCGGGAUCGGGCAGAAGGCUAUGGCUGACGCACGGAGGGGAUGCAGUGGGUUGCCCGCUAGUAGUAAAGACAUGGAAGAUGCUUUAUAUGAUGAGCUCUGGCAUGCGUGCGCUGGGCCGCUGGUGACGGUUCCUCGUACCGGUGAGAAGGUUUUCUACUUCCCUCAAGGCCACAUCGAGCAGGUUGAGGCAUCGACGAAUCAAGUAGCUGAUCAACAAAUGCCUCUGUAUAACCUUCCUUGGAAGAUACUCUGCACUGUGAUCAACGUCGAAUUGAAGGCGGAGCCGGACACAGAUGAGGUCUUCGCACAGAUGACACUGGUUGCAGAUGCGAAUCAAAAUGAGAACGAGAUGGAAGCAGAACCACCGCCGCCUCCCUCUGCUCGACCGGAUGUGCAUUCAUUCUGCAAGACCUUGACGGCUUCGGACACAAGCACCCAUGGUGGGUUUUCGGUUCUAAGGAGGCAUGCGGACGAGUGCCUACCGCCUUUGGACAUGAGCAAGCAACCGCCAAGUCAGGAUCUGGUGGCUAAGGACUUACAUGGGAAGGAAUGGAGCUUUCGACAUAUCUUCCGAGGACAACCAAGAAGACAUCUGCUUCAAAGUGGUUGGAGUGUCUUUGUUAGCUCUAAGAGGCUUGUUGCUGGAGAUGCUUUUAUUUUUCUAAGAGGUGAAAAUGGUGAGCUUCGUGUUGGAGUUAGACGGGCCAUGAGACAGCUGAGCAAUGUGCCAUCUUCUGUGAUAUCUAGUCACAGUAUGCACCUAGGUGUCCUGGCAACAGCAUGGCAUGCUAUUCAAACAGGGACCAUGUUCACCGUGUACUAUAAACCAAGGACAAGCCCUUCAGAAUUUAUUGUCCCUUUUACACAAUACAUGGAAUCUGUUAAGAACAAUUAUUCUAUUGGGAUGAGAUUCAAAAUGAGAUUUGAGGGUGAGGAGGCACCUGAGCAAAGAUUUACAGGUACGGUUGUUGGUAUUGGAGAAGUUGAUCCUACAGGGUGGCGUGAGUCAAAAUGGAGAUGCCUGAAGGUGCGGUGGGAUGAAACCUCUUCUGUUCCUCGUCCAGAGACAGUUUCCCCAUGGAAAAUUGAACCUGCUUCAGCAUCUGUGACCCCAAAUCCACUUCCUGUUACUAGACCAAAAAGGCCUAGGGCAAAUGCAGUGCCUCCAUCAUCGGAUGCAUCUGCUAUGAGGGAAGGUCCACCCAAAGCUGCAGUUGAACCUAUGCAAGUCCACAGAUAUUCAAGGGUCUUGCAAGGCCAAGAAUUUACAACCUUGCGAGGUUCCUUUUCUGAUACCAGUCAAGUGGAUCAUGGGCAGAAGCAACGUCUAGAGGAUGAUGAUAAAAAGGAAAGGGCUCCUUCAUUAAGAAAUAUGGGUUCUGAAAAUUGGAUGUCAUUGCUGAAGCACUCUCCUGCACAAACCCAUGAUGAAGCUAACCCAGUACUGAAUCAUUUUGAGGACCAAAGUGGCAAAUAUCACUCUCAUGGAGGCCUGUGGCCUAUACUGUCUUCCACGUGCUUGAUGGGCUCUGAUCGCUCAAGACCGACUGCAGGUUCCAGUGAAUUACCAUAUCAGAUGUCUGGAAAUUUCAGAUAUGGGCAUCCGACUGGUUACACUAUGAUGUGCAAUUCUAUUGUUGAGCAACAAGGGAGCUGGGCGGUGCCUGCAUUACCUUCUCAUAUGGAAAAUCUUUCUCAUGCUCUUCUGGGGAGGCCAAAGAGUGUUCUACAUUCUCAACCAGAGGCCAGUAAACCUAAGGGUGAUGGUAACUGUUUGCUGUUUGGCAUAAAUCUUGCUGGCAGUUCUCAUCAACCCGAACCUCCCAUCAUGCAUGAUCAUACAACAAUUUCACUCCAUAAACCUCUAUUGCUGGAGACAGACCAGCAGCUUGAACCCUCAAAAUGUACAAAAUCAGCUGAUACUCUUCACACUGAAAGUGAUCAGGAGAAGCCUUGUCUCCCUUGUCAGACACAUUCCAGGGACACUAACACGUCUCUGUGUAGUUCAACAAGGAGUUGUACUAAGGUACACAAGCAAGGGAGUGCUCUUGGAAGAUCUGUAGACCUUGCAAAGUUUAGUGGUUAUGAAGAGCUGAUCAGAGAGUUUGAUCAAAUGUUUGAAUUCCAAGGGGAUCUGGUGAACCCGUCCAAAGGCUGGCUAGUUGUUUAUACUGAUGAUGAAGGUGACAUGAUGCUUGUCGGGGAUGAUCCGUGGCAGGAAUUCUGCAGCAUGGUUCGCAAAAUUUUCAUUUAUACACGCGAAGAAGUUCAACGGAUGAGGCCACGAUCCAUACCCCAAAAGAGCGAAGACAAUUGUACUGGUGGAGAAAUCAAGGCAACAGUCAAGGAUGCCAAUGCAUCUCUGCAUUUGUAGCAUUCCACUUCUGGGAACCAGCUUUCUCCUUUGCAGGCUUUCCUUGUUUAAAUAUGACGUUCAGUUGGGGCUACAGACUGCUAGUACUUCUCUUUUUGGUAGCUAUAUUUGGACCUUGGAGUAGGUGCUAUAUUAUCUCAGUUUUGCAUUCUACCCGUUUUCUUUCACCAUACAAGGCAAGAGGCUGGCCUUGUUCUUCAGGCUGCGUUUGUACAUAUCUUCUUUUCUUCUUAGCCCAUAUGGUAUUUUCGAUACAUAGCCCUUCCUAUGGAUCGUUUGUAAUCAUUUUUAUUGUUCUAGUGAGCUGUCUUGGUAAAAUACGUCAUCUUCUACUGCUAUAAGGUGCCCGGUAUUGUAUUGUUAGAUGUGCAAUGUAAAUUUUCUGUGGACAAUUGGAAAAAUGAAAUUUCUAUAGAUUUUAUUGAGCGUA